AUGUUACAGGUCACCAAUGCUGCAAGAGAGGCAUUACCAAUAUUUUGUGAAGAGCAAAGUAUUAUGGAAGCAAUUAAAGAAAACUCGGUUGUUGUAAUUCAUGGUGAGACUGGGAGUGGGAAAACUACUCAAGUACCUCAGUUUUUAUACGAAGCAGGCUAUACUAAGCAUAAUAAAAUUAUUGGAAUUACUGAGCCACGCAGAAUUGCAGCCAUGACCAUGGCAGCAAGAGUUGGGAUAGAAAUGAACCUGCCUGAUGUAGUAUCAUAUCACAUAAGAUACGAAAAGACUGUUGAUGAAAAAACUGAAAUCAAAUUUAUGACUGAUGGUGUGCUUUUGAAAGAAAUAAGACAUGAUUUUUUCCUCUCAAAAUAUUCUGUUAUCAUUAUUGAUGAAGCUCAUGAAAGAUCAGUAUUUUCGGAUGUGCUGAUAGGUCUUCUUUCUCGUAUUGUGCCUCUGCGAGAAAAGAAAGGAGAUCCUUUGAAAUUAAUAAUUAUGUCAGCAACUAUACGUGUGGAGGAUUUCACAGAAAAUCCCAGACUGUUUAAGCAGCAACCAUUUUUAAUACGGCUUGAUUCUCGCCAGUAUAAAGUACAAGUUCAUUUUAAUAUUAAGACUCCAGAGGACUAUGUUGAAGCAGCAUAUCACAAAGUCUUCAAAAUCCACAAGCAGCUACCACCUGGUGCCAUAUUAGUAUUUUUAACUGGUGAAAAAGAAGUUAUGAAAUUGUGUAAAAUGUUAAGACAAACUUUUCCUUUUGAGGACAAAAUAGAUCCAAAUGAAAAUAAGCAUAAUAAUACUUCUAUUGUGCAAAAUACAUACAGGAGGAAAAAAGGAAAAAAAAAAGAUGACCAACCCGAAUCAUUUUGUUCCUUGCCUGUGAAAAUAAAUCUUGAUGACUAUUCUGUAGAACCUCUUGAUACAGAAGAUCUGCAGCAUCAGUUAUCAGAUGGGGAAGAUGAAAUGUCUCAAAGUGACAACUUUAACAUUUUAAAAGAAGAUACUUCUACACCCUUAUAUACUUUACCUUUGUAUUCCAUAUUACCAUUCGAAGAGCAAGAAAAGGUUUUUAAGCCCCCACCUCCUGGUACACGUCUCUGUGUUGUUUCUACAAAUGUUGCUGAAACUUCAAUAACAAUCCCUGGACUUAAAUAUGUUGUUGACUCAGGAAAAGUUAAAGUGAAAAUAUAUGACAAAUUUGCUGGUGGAAUAUCUGGAUUUGCUAUCACUUGGGCAUCAAAAGCAUCUGCUAAUCAAAGAGCUGGUCGUGCUGGUCGAACUGAAGGAGGACACUGUUAUAGGUUGUAUUCCUCAUCAGUGUUUGAACAUGAGUUUCCAGAUUCUCUUCCUGAAGUUAAGAGAAUACCAGUUGAUGACAUUUUGUUACAAAUGAAAGCUCUUGGAAUUGAUAGAGUUGUGAACUUCCCUUUUCCUUGUCCACCAGAUAAUAAUGCUUUAAAAGCUGCUGAGAGAAGGCUUGUUUUGUUAGGUGCUCUUCAAGACUUAAAAAAGGGAGAAAGAUACAAAGAUAUUGAAAAAUGGGAAUACUCAGCUAAAGUGACUCCUCUUGGUAAAGCUAUGUCUCGAUUUCCACUUAGCCCACGUUAUGCUAAGAUGUUGCUGCUUUCUUUUAAACACAACUGCAUUUCUUCCAUCAUAGCAAUAGUUUCAGCAAUGACAGUUCCUGAAAUAUUUUUGCGUUCAAAUGUUUCUUCUUUGGAUGAAACUGAGAAAGAAGAUCAUAAAAUUUUGUGGAAAGGUAUUAAGAAAAUAGGGGCUGGUAAGGGGAAAUCAAUUCAACUAGGGGACAUGAUGGUCUUAUUGCGGACCGUGGCAAUUUAUGAAGAAUCUAAGAAUAAAGUUCAAUUUUGUGUUAGGAAUGGUAUCAGACAUAAAGCUAUGGUAGAAGUUCAUAAAAUGUGUGUACAGUUAUGUCGAGAAAUGAAUAGGGCAUUUGAAGAUUUGACUUUGCCUCUUGAAUUUAAAAUUGAUCCUCCAAAUGAUGAUGAAAUUGAAAAAUUAAGGAAAAUUAUAACAACUGGAUUUACUGAUCAUGUUGCCAGGAGAUAUUCUGAUGAGGAAUCAAAAAAAGACAAACAUCUUAAAAAUGCUUAUAAGUGUUUAGAUCUGGAAGAUCCUGUUUUCAUACAUCCUAGCUCCAUCCUUUUUGAAGAACUACCAGAAUAUGUAGUAUAUCAAGAAAUUGUUCAUACAUCUAAAUACUAUAUGAAAGGUACAGUUGAAAUUGAACCAGAAUGGUUAGCAGCUUUUGCACCUACUCUCUGUGAUUUUUCAGAACCAUUAGAAGAUCCACCGCCAAGUUAUGAUGCUGAAAAAGAUAAAAUCCUUUGCAAUAUGAAAGGAACUUUUGGUCGCUGGCAGUGGGAGCUUCCAUGUAUCAGAAUGGAAAUGCCUCGAGGUUCCCUAAAAUACAGUUGGUUCUGCUAUUUUCUUUUAAGGGGUGAAAUAUGUUCUUUUUUUAAAGCAUACAAAAUGCAUCUUCUUUCACUUCCAGCUAUGAUGACAAAAUCAUGGGCUAAGUUAGUGCCUCGAACACGGUACUUACUGGACGCUGUAAUGAAAAAGGAAAUAGAUUCCAAAGCAUCUUUAAAAAGAGUAUGGCAAGAAAAUCCUAAAUGUGAGUAUUAUUUUUUUAAUCAAUCAGUU